UUUGACGUUUCCAGAAAAAGUUUUGACGAAAGUGGUCGAAUAUUUAUUUUUUUUCGGGAAAUUUUGUUAAAAUCGCAGUUUUUUUGAUUAUUUCCGGGGUCUUUGUUGAUGUUAGUUGGUAGUUAUGGCUGUAAGAAGUAGCGGAGGUGUUAGCAGAGUAUUAGCAAAACUAUCUCUCUCCUUGGACAACGGGAACUACUAUGAGGCUCAUCAGAUGUACCGAACGCUCUAUUAUCGGUACUCGACACAGAAAAAAUACGAUGAAGUCAUCACGUUACUCUAUGACGGCAGCACCAAGCUGCUGGAAUUCAACCAAAAAUCGUCGGCUACGGACUUGGCUGUGUUGCUCGUCGAUUCGUUAGAUAAAGUAGAGAAUUUAGAUAAGGAAAAAUGGGUGCGAAAUUUAGCGGGACUAAUGCGAAAAAUCGGGCCCAUUGUCGAACGCGAGACAUUUUUAGCGAAAUCCGUGAAAUGGGCAGCUCUCAGUGGCACAGAAACGCUCAAACAUCUCAUGCAUCAGCAAAUUGCCGCAAUUUUAUGGGACGAAGGUAAUUUAGAGCAGGCGCGACAUCAUUUUAUUCUGUCCAAAGAUUCGGGACAAUUCGCGAAAUUCCUUAUCGAGCUCAGCGGGCAAGGUUACGCGAAAGAAGUCGAUUUGUUCAUCGCAAAUACCGUUUUGCAGCAACUUUGCAUGAAGGACGGCAAAACGUCGGCAAACCAAACGUUCGAGACAUACACAAAAUACCAUCCUAAAAUUGCGACAACGCAACCGCCAUUCAGCUUACCGCUCCUGAAUUUCAUCUACUUCCUCCUGAAAGCAAUAGACACGGGAAAAAAUCUCGCCAUGUUCAAGGCGCUGUGCGAACUGUACAAACCGAGCAUCGAUCGUGAUCCCGCGUACCAAAAAUACUUGGAAAAAGUCGGCGUUUUGUUCUUUAAUGCUCCCGUGGCGCGUCAGGGACCUCAGGGCGGCAUUUUCGGCGACUUAAUUAAUCAGCUGUUUCAGGGACUGGAUGAGGGUGCGUCGCACGAAGACGAUGACGAAGGCGACGACGACAGAUUGGACUAAAAAAGCACUAAUUUUGAACAAAAAUUAUCACCCGCUAAACUAAAUAACAAUAAAAAUCACGCUAAAUGAAAUAAAUUUC